AUGGAGGACGCCGCUGCAUAUGCUGAACAAGAACAUGGAUUAAAGAAGAAGUCUCAAAUCCAAAUAGAGUUCCUGGAGAAGUUGUAUUCAGGUUUGUUUGUUUGUUUGUUUGUCUGCCACCAUGAGCUGCAGGCUCUCAACCUCCUGCUCUGUUUCUCUAUUUUCUAGGUAGUCAAUCCUGGCCAUUCAUCAUCCUUUUUGGUUAGUGAGAUGACUGGUUUUCCUCGCUGCCCUUUUGCAGAGGACAAAUAUCCCAAUCAGAAGGACAUUGAAGACUGUGCUGCUGUACUCAAUUUGACGUAUAAUCAGGUCCGUAUGUGGUUUACGAAGAGAAGGAGGAAAGAGAAGAAAGAGAAUGAAAAACUUGCCACAAGUAGGAAAAGUUCCAGUGUUAGCGUGACUUUAGCUAGCCGUGGCAGAACGAUGGUGAAUAAGAAGGCUUCUGGUUGUCAUACUGAAAGGAAUACAUAUGCUGCAAAUAGAGACAAAGAUGCAGAGGAGGUGAGAAACCAUACUCCCUCAAAGAAUUACAAAGUGCAGAAGUCGAUGAGGAUUGCGAUGAAACACAAGACCAGUGUUGCUGGGCAAUGGGAGAAAAACUUUGCCGUUAGUAUGGAAGGGCCACUUCAGGAGAAAUCAUUUCUUCGGCUGCAAGUUUUAUUCCCUAAAGAUUACAUUUUGAAAAGAAUAUUCCGUAAAGAUGGCCCUCCUCUUGGUGUGGAGUUCGAUUGUCUUCCUGAGAAAGGAUUUGGCUAUCGUGCAGGUAGUUGUUUGCUUUUAAACUCUGAUGUUCGAAUUGUAGAUUUUUUCUGUAGAUAUAAUUCAAAUAAGAAGUUAAAGCUUUCUAUUGAACAUUAUGUAAAAGCUGCCUUUGCUUUUCAUUUAUGUUCAAUUUUUAUUUUCCUCCAUUUGACAUUCUGACUUGCAACAAUUUAUUUUGGCCCUGUUUUGGUGAUUAAUGUAUAUACACACACUAUGUAUCUUCUAUUCAUCAUUGAAAAAAGGGUGGCGAAUAAUUUGAGAGGGUAUUUCUCUAAUCUCUCAUCUUUUGCCAAAAACUAUUCGUUACAUAUUCGUCCAAACUCCACACUGAUUUUUCGUCCUUGUUUUUUAUUUUUUUGGUAAACUAGUUGAUUGCUAUGAAUUUACACUAAAAACUGGCUAACUUGCUCUAGCUUUUCAUGUGAUCAGGUCCUUACAGUUGCCCUCAUUCAUGUCGCUCUAGCAAAAGGAUCCUUGAAAGGAGAAAGGUAUGUGCAUGAGAAAUCGCGAGAUUGGAACAUGAUAAUAUAUAUUCAAUCUUUCAAGCUUGGAGUAUAUUGUAAAAGUAUUAGUCGCAUAACCUAAAGUCAUGGGAAAAGAUUGCUCCAAUUCAUAAUGUAGUUGAUGUAAAUCACCGAGUUCGGAUUUUGAUCCUGCUUUGCAACGAGGAAGGAAAAAACAUUCUCAUGGAGAGCAAACGAAAGAGAAGAAGGGGGGAGAUCUGCCUCUCAUGUGGCAGAAGAGACAAAGAUGGUUCCUAUGGUUGGCGUCAUAUUCUAGAAGUUUCCACAAGGAUUGUUCUGUUGUGACAUGAUUUUGUUUGGUUAGCUUGUGGUAGAAUACGUGCUACUUCACUCGGGGAAAAUGAAAAAGAUACAGAGUGAUAAACUUUCCUCGAAUUUCAAUUAUUGAAUGCUUAAAAGUCAGAAACAUUGAGAGUGUUUUUUCAUUACAUCUCGCAAAGAAUCAACUCCCGUCUCUUAAUUAAAAAGAGAAACAAGUCCACAUUGACUUGUGGGAGUUGUACAUGUUCAUGUAUUGCGUUUAACAUUUAUGCUGAUAAAUUUGAAAAAAAUCAGGAUCUUAAUGGAGCUUUGGUCUACAUGAUAUUCUAAAUAGAUGUAUUUUUGUGAUCUGAAUCAAGCUCUUCUCAUACUAUUUUCGUUAAAGUCAUCUUUAGUAUCUUAUUUGAUGAAAUUUUCUGAUGAAUUUCGUCUAACCUACAGCAACAAUGUGGGUUUGUCUCUUUCCUUGAACGAAUAUCACGUUUGCUUCAGAAAUUAAUAUUAAUUUAAUCUAUCUAUAGGCUUGCGAGUCUUCUCUCCGCAAUGGGCAUGCACUUACAAAGAGACACGGUAUUGGCAAAGGUUUAAUGACAGUGUGGCGUGUUACAAACCCAGAGAGUCAAAGCUUUCCCACUGGAGUUGACUUUGGUAACGAAGAUCUUUCGUGCAGUCGUCCAAAUGACAUCUCCAAAGAAAGACAUUGUGUUUUCGAAAAGUCGCUGAAUCCAAAGGUGAUUACGGUAAAGGCAUCAAUUGCUUGUUUCUCUGUAUUGUGUGGACGUUCUAGCAUGAUUUGUCCAACUGUGUUCUUCUUUCCCAUAAUUUAGAGGAAAAAUAUGGCGGGGAGCUCACCACAAGGAAGAAAGGUGGUGUCUUCAAGGAAAAGGAAGGUCAGUGAAGAUAAUGUGCCUGCUCAAUUUCUAGGAAUUUUCUACCCAUAUAUUUAUAAGACAACAGGCACAGGAAAUGCAAACGGUGACAGGAGAAUCUGAUAGCUGCCAAUGGUUAGUUGUUCUAUUGGUAGCUUCUCAUUGCUCUGUGUGAAUUUCAGGCGCCUUGUAAAAAGGAUGGUUUGAAAAUGCCUCAUACUGUGGAAUGCAAUCUUGGCAUCCUGAGCUCGACACAUCAGGAGCAAUCGAUUUCUCCCAUGAAUUCAAUAGAUGACGAGGAACUGGAGUUGAGUGAGUUGCAGACACGGUCCAAUCCACCAAGAUGUUCUGUCCAUCUUGGCUCAAAUGGAAGGAGUGGUUGCCCAUUGUGCAAAGGUUCGUCCCCCUCUCUCUCUGUUUCUACCAUAAGCUUCAGAUUCCAUUCACUGGAGAGAGCAAUCUGUUCUGCUUUCAUGUCCUCUCUGAUUUCACCUUUGAUAUAUCUCAGAUAUGCUGGCAAGAUUUCCUCCCCCAUCUGUGAGGAUGAAGCAGCCAAUCUGUGGAAAACCUUGGGACUCUUCACCAGAGAUUGUCAAAAAGUUCUUCAAGGUUUGUGGACGCCCAAUUCAUUCUAAUCCUCUUCCCUUCUUUACCCUGUGGGCCUUGGAUGUGUUCUUGCUUCAGUACUCAUAUAAACUGCAUGAAUGUAAUUUCGUGUGAAGAAAGGCUCACUCGUUUUCUGCCGUCGAUUUAUCUGAAGAAUGAGCCAUCCCACCAUUCAUUGGUAAUGCCGAUCAUCUUUCACAAGAGAUCAUGUGGUCAACUUUCAAGUGGGAAUUCUAAUCCUCUGUUUCUGAAUUCAUUUCAGACAAGCCCUCUUCCUUCUCUUUUUUCUUUUGUCGAUUGGGCCUUUCAGCGCGGCAGAUACAUGUUUAUUUUUCUUUCCCUGUCUUCCUACCCGGGCGGCUUGUAGGUGCUGCCCUGAACCUCAGAUCAUUGUCAGAGUAGCUUUUCUUAAUCUCUUUCCUUCAGAGCUCCCUCCUUGCUGUCAUGCAGACAGCGGCUUAUACAUUGCUCACACCAGUUCUUGACACAGUCGGUAAGAUUAUAGAUAGAUAAAACUAGAACCUGUGAUAUGAGCGUUGCUUGCCCAAGAAAACAAGAAAAUUCCCGUGAUGAUCUGCUGAUAAACUCAUUUUCUCAAUCGCCAUUAGUAAUUCCAGCAUCUUUUUUUUGUUUUUUUUCUAACCCACUUACUUACUGUUUCAUUUUUUUUUUAUCAGGUCGUCUGUUUCUUGUAUACUCAUGCGGCAGUGAUUGACAUUUUCCCCUUUGCACUGGAUGAAUUGGCUCAGGCAUUUCACGACAAGGUCAACCAUCUGUCGUUGACUUAUCGCUAGAUUCUGUUGUUCGAGGCAUUUCUGACUUUUAAAAAAAAAAAUUAUGCAUCAUUCUUCAUCGAAAUACCUGCUAUUUACUUUGCCACCUGUCAUGCAUAGCAUGCAACUCGCUUGCUAUCCAUCUCUCACUCUCGGAAAAUGGCUUUCAGGAUUCCAAGUUAUUGGGAAGCAUCCAUGUGGCACUACUCAGGCUUCUUCUAUCCGAUGUCGGAAAGGAGCUGACUGAUGGGUUUUUUCCUCGAGGUUCUAAAGACUGCCGCUUUCUUGGAUUCCUGCAUUCGGUAAUAAUUCCUGUGGCCCUCCUCAAAAAAAAGAACCUUGAAAAUAUAACGUCAUUAUUUUAUGUUCUCCUCUUUUGGACGCCAUCCCUGAUGAACUAGUCCCUGUAUCAGGUCAGGCAGCGAGAGCUGGACGUUGACUUUUGGAGUCGGUCCCUCAAUGCUCUUACUUGGGUCGAAAUUCUGCGGCAGGUUAUGAUAUCGGCUGGCUAUGCUUCCAGGAAGCAUUCGACGAGGAGAAGCCGGGGCGAGGUAUGAUGCUGAGAAUAGACAGACCAUGGAGAUGUUGCCAUUCGUUGCUCAGAGAAUUUAUCAAUAUGAUGCUCUUUUUUUUUUUUUUCUGUAGAUCGCAUUUCUUUUUGGGGUUUUUUCACUGAUUUUUUACUUGUUCAUAUGUAAAUUCUCAGGAUGGCGAUGCCAUGGCGAAGUACGGGCUGCGCCCUUGUACUCUGAAGGGCGAGCUGUACAGCAUUCUAUCCGAGCAGGGGAGUACCGGCUCAAAAGUCAACGAUCUCGCCAAAGCAUCCCAGGUGAGACUUCAUUCGGUCAACUGGGCACCUUCUUCAGGAAACGAGAACUUAUAUAGACAAAAUACAUUUAUAUUUGCACGGAUUAUUUACCUCUCUCUCUCUCUCUCUCUCUCUCUCUCUCUCUCUCUAUCUUACCUACUUUCAGAUUGUGGGUCUGGACCUGUGUGCUACCCCAGCCGAACUUGAGGCUCUAAUAUGCUGCACCCUUUCGAGUGACUGCACAUUGUUUGAAAAGAUCGGGCACUCUGCGUAUCGACUGCGCAGGGGCACUGCUGCCAAGAAGUCAACCGAGGAUUCGGAAUCUGACACCGAAUACUCUGGGAGUGUUGAUGACGACGACUCUGCUGAUUCCAGCUCCAGCAGUGGCAGCGAGGACGAGCCCUCCGGCCUUGAUUGCUCUGGUGGCGCUGCUGCCGUGUGCCAAAAUAGUGCCGUCUGGCUCAACAAGUCUUCUAGAAGAGGCAGCCGAUGGACUGCUGCCCAAUCGGCGGAGAUCGACGAGAGCUUCUCUGGGGCUGGUUGGCUGCUCGGAUUGAUGGAGGGUGAGUACUCCGAUCUCACCAUCGAAGAGAAGCUUGAUGCCCUGGCAGCCCUCGUUGACAUCACCGGCAGCUGCUCCAGCUUGAGAAUGGAGGUAAGUAACCAUGGAAUUCACCGCCUUCUCCCUCAAUUAACCAUUCCUAAGAACUCACCUUUUCCCGCCAACGUAGGAACCGGCCGGCGGCAGAUCAGCGGCCGCCCCCAACUUGAGGUAUCGGGGUUCAGGGGGAAAGAUAAAGAAGGCGGUGCCGCCUAAUGGGUGGGAUUCAUCAACAUCAUUGCCCCAGCUCGGUUCAAAGUCAACGGAUGGGACCCACCAGUUACAGGCGGUUCCACUGGGUUUUGACCGGAGGUACAACAGCUACUGGCUCUUCCUUGGGCCGUGUGGCUCAGGGGAUCCUGGCCACCGUAGGGUCUACUUCGAGUCCUCCGAAGAUGGCCGCUGGGAGGUGAUUGACACCGACGAGGUACAUAUACACAGUUGGCCUGCUCUUCUUCCUGUCUAAACCCUAAACGCUAAGCCCUAAAGAGCCACUCAAUUUUGCAGGCCUUGUCGGCGCUGGUGGCAGCGCUUGACGGCAGAGGAGCCCGUGAGUGCCUCCUCCUGGACUCGCUGCGGCGGCGGGAGGUCUGCUUGGCCCGGGCAAUGGCGGAAUUUGCAUCAGCCACCGCCACGACUUGCCAGCACUACCACCCGCCAUCAGACACAGAUGCCAGCAGUGGCCACAGCUCCUCGCCGAUCUCUGAUGUGGACAACAAUUUGGUCUGCGAGGGUGGCGCUGACAGACUGCCACCGGGGGUGGUGGUGCCGGAGCUGGGGCGGAGGGCGGAGGAGAGGCGGCAGCAAUGGGCCCGAGCGCAGGCCUUUGACCGAUGGCUGUGGGGCUCCUUCUAUGGUGAGCUCGGUGCCGCCAGGCUUGGGCGGCGGUGCUUCAGUGAGUCGCUGGCCCGCUGCGAGGCCUGCCAUGACCUCUUCUGGCGGGACGAGAAGCACUGUAGGAUCUGCCACAUAACCUUCGAGCUGGACUUUGAUCAAGAGGAGAGGUUCCUCAUCCACACCGCCACCUGCCGCCCGGCGGUUGAUGGCGGCGCUGCUGGCUUUCCAGGCCACCGGGUCCUGCCCUCCCAGCUCCAAGCUCUCAAGGCCGCCGUCCAUGCCCUUGAGGUGACCGCUUCAUACAUACUCUGUCAUUUUCCGCUGCCCCCAUGGCGUUGACUUUCGGAAAAUGGUAAUCAAUCAUGCAUGCCCUUGCAGGUAUGCAUGCCCGAGGACGCCCUGGUGGACGCCUGGAGGAGGUCAGCUCACAAGCUCUGGGUCAAACGCCUCCGGCGGGUGUCGUCCAUGCCGGAACUGUUUCAGGUAUGCUAAGAAGUCUGAACCCGUUGACCCUAGUAGCCCCUUCGUUGACCGUCAUUGACCUGUCCCCACUUGGGCAGGUGGUCGCUGACUUUGUGGCCGCCAUCCGAGAGAGCUGGCUGCAGCGGUGCUGCUCCGCUUCUUUGCCUGGCGGCGUGGCGUUGGACGAUGUGGCGGUUCUCUUCCAGACCAUGCCCCAGACAACCUCCGCCUUUGCCCUCUGGCUGGUGAAGCUGGACGGCCUGGUGGCCCCCCAUCUCCGACAGCUUCAUUCCCCGGCGGCGCCGCCCACCUCCGCCCCAGCAAAGAGUGCGCCCCUCCCUCUCUCUCUCUCUCUAUAUAUAUAUAUAUAUAGUGCUAGUUGCUAG